CAGCUGUAUUUUGCUCCUGAAGCCGCGAACCUCCAGCUCGCCGCAGUACGACGUGCUGACGUCACUCGCUGUGCGUCAGUGUGGAGGAAUGUGCGGAAACUUCUUGAGCACUUUUCUUUCUGCGCUGAUCGUCAAAAGAAAAAGUCCCAGAGCCUCAAACAAGUGAAUGAAAGUGGAUUAAAGUUGGACCCGAAGAGUCGAGGUGAAGACCUUCAUUCAACAUGGCCGCUCAGACGGUGUUCUCGGUGGGGAUGUUUCCCGUUGGCGGUCCCCUCAUGGAGGACGCUCAUGGCGACAUGCCAAAGAACACCCUGCCGGCCCCUCAGCUGGUGAUGCUGGCCAACGUGGCCGCCGUCACAGCGGCAGAGACCGGCGACGGCAGCGCGGCAGAUGAGAAGGAGAUGAUGGAGCUGAAGACGGUGGGCUGCAGCUACUCGGACAGCGAGGAGGAAAACGUUGUCAGGUACAGCUACAAUAACCAGAGCUACAGAGAGGUGUGCAUCCUGGAGUACCCAGAGUCUCCGAGCCCAAACAUCGUCGCCGUGGUUGUAGGAAACGAGGCGGAGGAGGAAGAAGGGGUCAAAGCUGAAGACCUGUCUCGUCACACUAAGCCCCGCCCCUCUGCUAAAACAGCAGAGCGGGUGGUGGAACAUCAACGUGGGCCCAUUGCCGCCACGGAGGGCAACAACAACAACAACAACAAGAAGAAGAAGCCCUUCCACUGUAAGCCGUGUCACUUCCAGGCUCAGAACGAGCAGGAGUUCGUGGAACACCUCGGCACUCACGUCAUCAGCAAGAUGAUGGUGGUGAACCGGGUGGAGGGCCGGAGCAACAAUAGGACCAAGGAGGCCACUGCCCCUGAGGCCCAGGAGGCAGAGAGCGGCGAGGAGGCAGCCGGCGACCUCAAAGGGCUGAUCCGGUGCGAGCGCUGCGGCUACAACACCAACCGAUACGACCAUUACAUCGCUCACCUUAAACACCACAACAAGGAGGGCGAGGACCACAGGGUGUUCAAGUGCACUCUGUGCCCGUACACCACUGUGAGCCAGUACCACUGGAGGAAACACCUGAGGAACCACUUUCCCAGCAAACUUCACACCUGCAGCCAGUGCUCCUACUUCUCCGACCGCAAGAGCAACUACAUCCAGCACAUCCGGACACACACAGGUAUUCGUCCAUUCCAGUGUCCUUACUGCGACUACUCCAGCUCUCAGAAGACCCACCUGACCAGGCACAUGAGGACUCACUCUGGUGAGCGUCCCUUCAAGUGUGAGAGCUGUAACUACCUGGCUGCCAACCAGCAUGAGGUGACCCGCCACGCCCGCCAGGUACACAACGGACCAAAGCCUCUGUCCUGCCCCUACUGCGAGUACAAGACCGCCGACCGCAGCAACUUCAAGAAGCAUGUGGAGCUCCACCUGAACCCUCGUCAGUUUCUGUGCCCGCUGUGCAAGUACGCCGCCUCCAAGAAGUGCAACCUGCAGUACCACAUCAAGUCCCGGCACUCGGGCUGCGACGUGACCCUGGACGUUUCCAAGGUCAAGCUGCGCGUGAAGAAGGCCGGACCUGACGGCGUGGAAGAGAACCAGGACUCCGUAGCCAGCAAGUUUGACAGUUUAUCCAGCGUGGAGGAGGACAUUGACAUGGAGGAGGAGGAAGAGGAGGAGUCGUCGAGUCCCAUCAAUCUGUCAAUCAAAAAGAGCACCCGGAUAGGCAUCGCCCAACCGGCUCAAACCGAAGCACCCGAAAGGCCUCCGAAGAAAUCCAGCCUCUUCGCUGAGAAAGAGAAACUUCAGAAAGUAAAGGAGAAGGGGGAACCAGAGAAAAGAGUCACCACAAGGCAGAAGAAGACUGAGAAGGUCCUCAAGAAUCCUCUGGAGAGUGAGGCAACAUCUGCAGACAAGGGCCAGAGACGAGUCAAGAAGAAGACUGUGCAGGACCAAGCAGCAGUAACCAAACCAGACCAGAUGGACCGAUCAAACCAACUGAGGCCGGAGGAGGAGAAAGCACGGAGGCAGAAAGAGGAAGAAAAGUUGAGGCCGGAGAAGGAGGGACAUCAGAAGAACGCUAGCAGCAGGAAGAAAAACAAAAGCCUCAACAAGCUGAGGAAGUCCAGAUCAAAGUCAGAGAAUAUAGCAGAAAGUGUGGUGGAAGCUCAGCAGAAAACCGAGAGCCCUGAGAAGAAGAAGGCUGCAAAGAGGAAAGCGGCGGAAGCUCUCGAUCUUUCCAAAAGCUCCUCGUCUGAGACUCCGUCCAAGGCUCGACGGCUGAAAGAGAAGCUGCAGGUGAAACCAGCUCCAGCAGACACUAAGGAGGUAAACGAUGCAGGUCCUGCCCCACAAAGGUCCAGUGGGGCCUCUCCUGCUAAGCAGAAGAAGACCAGGAACACCGGCAGAAGGUCCAGGAGCCUUCAGCAAACUGUGGAUCCAGUAAAAGACCAGAAGACCCCAGGCGGUCCACGAGCUUCGGCUGAGCCGGACCGCCCGAUGCAGAAGAAGACCUCCACUGGGAAAACCUCUCCAACACUCCCAGAGAAGACUCCCAACAACCCCCCCUGCCACUCGGGUGAGGACACGCCUCCUCCGGAUGAGGACCGCCCUCCCCCCACCUUUGUUAAACCCACGUCGCCUCCUUCACUGGUGCUGCCGGGCCAGCGUCACAAGCCCAGCGACCCGGAGGAGGACGAGGGGAUCCACAGCAGCCACGAGGGAGGAAGUGACAUCAGCGACAGCGCUUCGGAGGGCAGCGAAGACUCCGGCCUCAACGGCGCCGGGUCGGGAAAGAUGACCAACGACCCUGAAACCCCCACCGAGGAGAUCCCCACCCCGACAGAGCUCAAGAGCCACCUGUGCAUCUUCUGUGACCGCACCUUCCCCCUGGAGGCGGAGUACCGGCGCCACCUCAACCGCCACCUGGUCAACGUGUACUACAUGGAGGACUCCGCCAGGGCGCCGCAGUGAGGAGCGUCUCCACGGCAACAAGGUCUGCAGUCAGAUACAAAGCCAUGAACUCACUCCGGCCUUUCGGCUCAACUGGUGCCAAAACUCUGAAGUUUGAUUUAGUUUUUUAUAUUUUUUCAUCCCACCAAUGCGUUUUCUUGGUUUGUAACAUGAAUCAGAUGAGUUUCAUAACCAGCUCACACUUCUGAAUAUUAAAUCUUGUGAUUCUGAUGCGUGGGGGGCGUUUGGACCCGGUGGUCUGGCUCUGGUUCUGGACUUAUGUUCAUUGCGUGUUUGUAUUGUGUCAUAAAUCAUACUUCAGGAUUUCGUGUCACAAUACAAAAUGACCAUUUUAACAUUUCUAAAGGAAAGUUUGUCCAAAUAUUUUUGAUUCAACACCUUUCGACAAUCACUGUUUUUAGACUUCUGAUUGGUUGAGGUCACCGACUGACGUCAUUUAUCAUUUCUUAGUUAUCGCUGAUUAUCAUCUGAACUUUAACACAAUUAAACACAGAUUUCUGGUAACAAUUCUGUGUAUUCGAAGCAUAUGUUCUGAUAUUAAAGAGCUGAAAUGUAAACGUCUUAUUAAGUUUGAUACAAAGAAAAUAAACAUGAAUUAUCAUAUGCCUCAAUAA